GGGGAGCUGUGACGGGGCGGGUUGGGCGCGCUGUGGGGAGGGCUGGGGGCGUGAUGAGAUUGACGGAUGGCGCUGGGGUGCGGACUGGUUCUUUCACUGUCGCUGUCCGUGUCACGUGGUCCUCCACAGACGGACGGGGUGGUGUGCGCCCCCCGGCCGAUACACCGGCACUCAGCGGCGGUAGCGACAGGAGCGAGCGCAUCCGGGCGCGGGGCGGCGCUGGGGCGCGGCCGGUGUCGCUGUGGGCGGUGCUCUGGGGCGAGCGGGCGGGCGCCAUGCCGGUCCUGCGCGGUAUGACAUGGUGGGAGAGGCGGGGGAGGUUGUCUACGCCCCAGGUGCCGGGGGGUGUUGACAGGACGGAUAUCACGGUCUUUGCGCGGCGCAGUGUUGUGCUGCGGGUCUUUGGCGUUGCGGGCGGUGGGUCGGGGGUGGUGGACGUCGCUUUGGCUGUCAUGAUGACUGGUCGGAGAAGCUGUGGGUGGGUUGUGGGAAUAAGUCGGGUUGUUGGGUUGGGAGGAGUAGGACUAAGUGUAGGUGAGCUGGUGGAAAGUUGGACAAACGGGUGCCAAUUUCGCCUUUCACCUUCACUUCCACUCACAAUCUCACGGGCCGUACUAGCCGGGAUGAGGGAUCAGACCUGAACAGUGUCACAGCCUUGCCAGUAACUGAGCUGCAACAACGUUUUUUGAGACCCGUGGGCCGCUGGGAAAUACUAACGUCUCAUUGUCGCGAUCUAGUCCCUGAUGCAUGUCGCCCAACGCCGUGCUGAUGCAUACAAGAUAUAGCGUACACAUAUGCUUAUUUUGCGCCACUAUCAACCCAGUGGUCCCGAUAAGAGCGCCUUACAGCUCACUUACGAUGCAGCAGCAGCAUCUUCCUUGCUCUUAUCCUCGUUCUGCUCGGCCUUCUCUUCGUCCUUUUUCGGCGCAAGGUCCGUGGCGGGCUGCGCGACAGGCUUGCCCUCUGCGAGCUGCAUGAGGAACUUGCCCACGUUGCCGGCGCCA